UCAUUUUUUCAAUUAAAAAAUGAUUCAGGGCCCUUACCUGGUUAUUCCGACGCGAAGAGGCUCGGUGCCAAAUAUGACACCUAGCCAAGCCCGAGAAAUAUUGAACCCUGAUGAAAGAUUUAUAAGUGUUUCACUAUUUGAGGCAAUGGACUUUUCGGUUCCGUGCAAAGCGGCGCAAAUGAAUUAUUCCAAGAUCUGUGGUUUACCUGAUUUCCAGACGAUCUUGGUGAACCGCAGCUCUUUUCAUGGCUUGCACCAAAGUGCACCAUCCACAACUGCAGGAAUAUCUGGAGAAUGUGAAAAGGGUAGAAUCACAAUAACAGUUGGCAUGUAUAAAGAAUUGGUGAAAGUACUUCAGCCCAAUUUUGCCAUUGCACUCACAGAAUCUGUUUCACUCAAUGAACCACAACCCAAAAAACGAAAAAUAGCCUAUUGUCGUACUGAAUCUUGGCUAGAUAAAAUUGAAGCUUCACAUAGUGAGUUAGACUGCGUUCUUAUCAAGCCUUUUUCAGUGAGGGGCGCAUCAGGUGGAUUUUUGGAUAUGAUUUGCCGAAAUGAAAACGCGUUGGAGCUUGCUCUUAGCCUAAAAGAUGUGCAUCAAAAUAUUAAGGUUACUUCCUUUUGCUAUGGAAAUUCUAUGGUGUCUGUCUUUGCAGCACUUACAUUCAAUGUGUCCUUGAUUGAAUGUCCAGUACCGUGGUUGCUGGCCGAUAAGGGGGUUGCUAUUACCUUAUCCUUGGGAGAUGUUGCUGUCGAUACUGAUGAUCCAGAAAUUGAUCUAAACGAUGAAUGCUUUUCACUUGACAUCAGACCACUCUGCCCCAAUUGUAAAUGCUACACAUGUCAACGGCAUCAUCGUGCCUAUAUUCAUCAUCUUCUUACGGUGCAGGAAAUGAACAGCACAAUCCUGCUUGCUAUUCACAAUCUUUACAGACUAGUUGAGGUCUUUCGUUACGUACGAAGUUUAUCUCUCGAGAAGCGCAGAGAGUUCCUAGUGGCGUUAAUUAAGCAAUAUUAAACUGGUAGUCAUAAACUGUAUUGCCACCUGGGUAUUAUAGUAGAAUCCAUAUAAGCGUGAAAGAAA